AUGUCAGCGACAAAGUCGUUUCUCAAAUCGGCAAGGCUUGCCAUAAGCAGCAACGAUCCUGACCAAGCCGUAUACCUAUGUGACUCUGUGAUCGAUGACCAAGACCCGGAGAAUUUCAUGGCGCACUUGCUGAAAGGAAAGGCGUUACAGAUACUGGGCAAAAACGAAAAGGCCCUUGCAGCCUACCAAAAGUCUCAUGAGAUCGAACCAGAGAACAUAACACCUUUGAAAGGUAUCCUGUCGAUAGUUCGUGAAAAAGAAGAUUACGAGCUUUUCUUCGACGUUCUGACGAAAAUGGUGACACUUGACGCCUCCCAGAUGAACUUGCAGCACAUUUCUCAGGAAGCUCGAAAGUAUCGUUCUAAAUUUGCGAGAAAAAUCAGCACCUUGGAGGAGACUUAUCUGAGACACAUGUUACCAGGUGAUAAGCUGGGGGAUGCAAUUGGAGAGCUUACGCAGCCUUUGGUGGAUACCUUGAAGAGUCUGGUCAAGAUAGUUGCUUCUAGAGAGCUGGACUCCAGGACUGCAGAUUUACGAAAGGCCAGAAUGAAAAUCCCGGCCAAUCCCAGUGUUGUUGACCUCGAAAAACUUGAUCUGGCAGCUUGGAAACAUUACGAGACUUCCGAUUUGGCAAAUUUAUACGAAAGGCUGAUAAGCGUCCUGGACGAUAAAAGAAGAGAAGACGUUGAACAGGAUCUGUUCAACUACAAGUUCGAGAUGCUCAAGGUGGCACCUCCUAACAAGAAGAAAGAGAUCCGUCAACAAGUCUUCGACAUGGCAUCGGGAUUGGUAACUGUCAAGCGAAAACUUCCUCUGGCCUACAAAGUGUAUUUUGACUGGUCAGACUACCAAGCGGUUGGUGAUAUUGACUUUCUGGAAGUGAUGGACCUGGUAAGCAUGACCACCACUGGCUGGCCUGGUGUUCUUUUUGCGUUCGUUCAAUCCGAGCGCUCGCCCUUUCCUCUGGAAAGAGUGAACAGAUACUUUGAGGAACACACAAAGAAUACAAAAAAACAUAAACGAAAGAAUGCCAAGAAGAGCAAAGCAAAGGAGUCUGGAGGAGCAGAUUCAGAACUCUCUGUGGAGGAUAUAGCGCCGUUUAUGGCCAGGGCAAAAUCUGGAGAUAGCAUCAUUGCUUUGCGAAUCGCCAUUGGCUAUUAUAUUGAGCAGAAGGAGUACGAGCUUGCUCUCGAUAGCACUCAUGCUGCCAUGAAAUUGUUGUCAGAGUCCAGACGAUCUACGGGACUGGAUCUUUCACAUUCCAGAACUGAUAUUCUCCUAUCUCUUGCAACAAUCUACACAUACCACGAGUCUCCCAAAAACUUCGGAAAAGCGCUUCAAAUAUUUGACUCAGUUCUGAAACAAGACUCUGAGAACUCGCGUGCGAAGAUAGGAAAAGCUUUGGUCAUUCUUGAACGUGGCCAAUAUACCGAAGCAUUUGCCUUGCUCGAAGAAGUGAUAGUUCAUUUCCCUAAUAACUUGCAAGCUUUGAUGGCCAAGAGUUGGGCACAGGUUAAACUCGGGGACUACUCUGAGGGAAGAAAAGGCCUUACUUUCAUAAUGACAAAAACUCAGGAAGCAGGAACCACAGAUGUGGAUCUGAAAGCCACUGUCUUGUACAGGCUGGGUGAGUCUUACUUAAUGGAGGUGUCAUCCAACCAGGAUGCUGAUCCUGCAACUGUUUCAGAAUAUAUCAAGCUGGCCAAAUCUCAUCUCAUCUCAUCUUUGAAGCAAUCAAGCACAUUCUCCUCUCCUUACACAUCUCUUGGAAGACUAUAUCUCGAAUUCCUGAAUGAUGAGAAUAGGGCUAUCAGAUGCUAUUAUAAGGCGUUUGAACUGGAUGCAGGAGAAACCGAGGCAGCAAAGAAAAUAGUCUCCAUCUUUAGUGAAAAAAUGGAAUGGGACAUGGUGAAAAUCGUAUGCGAGAGAGUCCUUUCCUCCGAGAGGACCAGGCACCUUUUACCAACGGACGAAGACCCCUCAUGGCCAUAUAGGGCUCUUGGAUGUUCUUGCUUAGAAAACCAGGAUGACGUGGGUGCGAUCGAGCAUUUUCAGAAUGGCCUUAGACUUGCUCCUGCAGAUGUAUCUUCCUGGAUUGGUCUAGGUGAGGCUUAUUUUGCCAGAGGAAGAAUUGAGGCUUCGGCAAAGGUUUUCGGCAAAGCUCUGGAGUUGGAUCCUGAAUCAUGGCAAUCAAGCUAUAUGCUGGCAAUUGUACAAUCGGCUGUCGGUGAAUUUGACUCAAGCAUUGAGCAUCUUGAGAGCUUCCUGGGCAAGCACCCUGAUAAUAUGGCUGCAUUGAUUGGUUACAUCCAAAUUUUGAUAUCGAAAUCUCAACUUGACAUAUCCGGAGGGUUUACAGGAAGAGCCAUAUCUUCUAACGUCAGUGCUGUGAAGCUUCUGCAUUCUGCUUUCAAGGUAGACCCUUCAUCCCAGAGACUUUGGGGACUGGUUGGAGAUUGUAUCAGAAUAUUCACCCAAUUGCAAUCACACCUUGUGGAAGCCCCACUGCGCGAGAUAUACAAUAUCAUCAGAGAUGAUAGUUCUCUGGACAAUGAUUCACCAAGUGACCUGUGCCUUAUCAACUACCUUCAGUCGCAGUCUUCUAGCUCUGUUGAAUUUACAGUUGCGCUAUCUAUAUAUGCAGCGAGAAGGGCUCUUUCAUAUUUGAGUCCAAACUCACCAAAGCUUUUGAGAUCGUCUCUUUUCUUCAACAUGGGUCUUGCAUACUCUGAUGCGUUUUACAUAUUGGAGGACGACACUCCUAUAUUUCUAGGGACAGACUCCCUCACUGAUCGUUCCAUCAAGGCUUUGAAUAAGGCGAUAAACAAUGAACCAAAUAACGCUGAUUACUGGACUGCUCUCGGAAACAUCUCGUUAACGAAGAAUGCAAGGGUUGUCCAACACUGCUUCAUCAAAGCAGCCACACUUUCACCCAGAGAUCCUUCGAUUUGGACAAACUUAGCUUUGCUCUCGUUAUUCUAUGGCGAUUUGUCAUUCGCCAAAGAGGCUUUCGCUAGGGCUCAAAGUAUUGCUCCUGAAAAUGGAACCUCGUGGACUGGAAACGCACUUCUAGCUGAAGUCUCGGGAAAUACAGAACUUUCCAAGAAGUUAUACACUCAUGCUAUGGUACUUUCCAACGGCCGGACUCCUCUGUCUAUGCUGUUGUACGGUCUUUCAGUCGCCAAAGGGGUUGUUUCAGCUGAUUCGAAAAACUCAGUUUUGGUCCAAGAAAUUAACUUUGCCAGUUUUGCCAUGAUAUCAUAUCUGAAGUACUACCCUCAAGACAGACUGGCACUGUCUAUCACGACCAUGAUACUGGAGCGUGUCAAAGACUAUGAACGUGGUAUAGACCUGGGAAAGCAGUUGUGCGAGGUACUGGAAAUUGAGUACACAAAGAGUGAAAAUGACACCACUCUUGAGAAUUUUGCUGAAGCGAAGGCCCUUUUAGCACGGUUGUAUCUGGGUGCCGGAAACUACGAGCUUGCCAUUGAGGAGGCAGAGGCAUCACUGGGAGUUGCCGAGGCUGCUCAAGUGGAACUUCCAAAAGUUGUACUGACUGCUCAUUCGGUAUUGGGUCUGUCGUUAUUCUUCACCAGCAGGUUUGUGGAAUCAUUGGAGCAAUUCAGACUCUGCUUAAACUUAUCCAAGGACUCUUCUCAAAUCGUGGUGUUGAUUUCUCAGAUUUUGUGCGCUCUGGAUGAAGAGGAAACCAAGCAGGCAGCCAUGGACGAGCUUUUUCAAAAUAUUGAGAAUAAUGGAACAUCGUUACUCGUGAUAAUGACCCUUGCUGCUAUCUCGGUGAUCGAAAACUAUGAAGACUAUAUGGUGGCCAUUAAGGAAGAGCUGGAAACUCUUCCUCUGCAACUGCUAAUCGACGAUAAAGGCAGACAUGUCCCCAUGCUGGUCUCUGAGAUCAACAAGAGGUUUAAUCAGCAUGAAAACCAUUUACAGAAAUUUGCCUUUUUCUUUCCAAGUGACGUCACCGUGUGGACAAAUUUGGAUGCCUCCAUGGCAUCAAGUACUGCUUCCGGAAGCAUUUCACUGGGUUCGGCUGAACUUUCCAAGGUUUUGAUCAAGACUGGUUAUCUGAGGCAGAUCCAGCGUGGUAUAUUUUUGAAUCCUCAGAGCAGUACCGGGUAUAAGGCAUUGAGAGGUUGCAUUUGA